CCCUGCCCAUGCGACGAAUGCACUGAAGACCGACUAGCAGGAUGUCAAAACCCACACAAAUGCGCACAAACCGCAAAAGACAUACUGGAUAACCUCCUCCCCAAAUUCAACCCCAAUACGACUCCUAGAAAAGACAACCUUACACUAACGCACAGGAGACUGGAAAAAAAUGCACGGGCGAGAAAACAACCACAAGGCGAGGUCCUUUUUGACCCAGCCAUAACAGCCAGAGACAACCUAUCGGACUGCUUCCGCAUCUUCACCCUUCCAUCCAGGUCCCUCCAAAUACCAGCAUACAGACUGCGCAUCCCAGCCGCCAACAGACAAACGACUAAUGAAGUGCUCACCAUCUUCACUGAUGGGUCCUGCAUCAAUAAUGGAAAAUAUAACGCAAAAUGCGGUGGCGGAAUCUGGGUGGAAGACGAUCACCCAAUGAACCGCGAGAUAAGCAUGCCCGGCACUGACCAUUCGAACCAAAUAGGAGAACUUAUAGCAGUUCUGGUGGCGUUACAGAACGCACCCCUACUGACCCCAAUAAAAAUUAUGACUGAC